GCGGGCUCGGCGGCGGUUAUCCGGUGGAUGGUUUUCCUCUGGCGGUGUAGCCGACGACUCUCUCCGCGCUCGGCGGGGUUUUCGGUCCAUCUGCGCGCCGUUUGGUCAGAUAAUCGCGGCUUCUCGCGCUCCGCGCUCCGAUGGACGCGGGCGGCGGCGCGGGCGGCGAGUCUGGGGCCGGUGUGAGGCGGAGCCGCGGCGGGGACGCGGGCUUUCGGAGGCGGCUGUGUUAGCGCGGAUGCUAACUCGGACGAUGAUGACGCCCACAAAGAUGAAACUGCGCGUGAGGAAGAAGGAGAGUGGGGCGAAAUCCUCGCGGUGCCUCCUGGCCGACACGUCGCCGGACUCCAAGUGUCCGAUUUGCCUGGACCGCUUCAACAAUGUGGCGUCCCUGGAUCGCUGCCUGCACCGCUUCUGCUUCCGCUGCAUCCACGAGUGGUCCAAAAACAAAGCGGAGUGUCCUCUGUGCAAGCAGCCGUUUCGCUCCAUAUUCCACUCCGUCAAGGCGGAGAACGACUUUAAAGAGUUCGUGCUGGCCCCCGUCGAGAAUGGACCAGCAGCGGCAGCCGUUCCCCCUGCUGCCCAGACUGACAUCGGCGCUCCCUCUGGCCGCGUUCGUCGGCCGAGGGCGCCGCGGGGCGGGGAGAGGCGAAGUCGGAGGCACCAAAACCCGGCCGCUACCGCCUCCUCGCUGGACCUGAGGUUGGAGAAUUUGACGGAGGGGAUGGAGGAGACGGUGGGCCAAGAGCAAGGCGUCCACCACAUGAUGCUUCGUCUGACGGAGCGCCGGCGCUCACGAGGUGAAGAACGCAGCCUCCGACGACUACGGGACCAGGAUGUUGUAGCAUUCCGGCGGGCGCUGUACCGAACAGGCAUACGAGUGCGCAGUGGCGGCUGGGACAGUGGCAGGCAACGGGACGUCUCGGCAGCCCACCUGCGGCGCAACCCCGCCAGCCUGCGGCGGCUGCUGCCGUGGCUUCAGCGGGAGCUGACGGUGCUGUACGGUUCCCACGGCUCGCUGGUCAGCAUCGUUCAGCACAUCAUCAUGUCCCGCAUCACGCACUAUGACAUGGACGAUGCUGCCAUUCGGGAUGAGCUUCGCCCCUUCCUACUGGCACGCACUGACCACUUCCUGCAUGAGUUGGUCAGCUUUGCACGCUCCACGCUCUCCAUCGAGACUUACGACCAGCAGGCGGUCUACGAGUGCCCGGCCCCCAGCUACGAGGAGGACAGCGGCUCUGACUCGUCCAUCAUAGCCAUCUCAGAGGACGACGAUGACAGUGAGGCAGCAGACAUCACCGAGGCCACUGAGGAGCGUGUCCCACCUGUUCCCAUGGCAACAGGUGGUGAGAGUUCACUCAGCCAGUCUGGCUGGGACGAUGAGACCCCUGGCCCUUCCUAUUCCACCCUCUUCCCAUCUCCCAGCCAGUCGCAGGCAGACGGGGCAGAACCCUCUGCUGAUGUGGUUCAGGCAGAUGAGGUGGGCCGCACCAGUGGGGCAGAUGGGCCUAAUGAAGAUGAGGAGGAGGAGUGUAUGAUUGUGGGUUAUGUGAAGCCAAUGGCUGAGCGGACUCCGGAGCUUGUGCAGCUCUCCUCCGACUCCUCAGAGGAGGAGCGGGAGGCAAUGGCCACGGAGAUGGCAACAGCUGCCACAUUACCAAAGGCGGAAGCCUCCUCAUCCCAGGCGCAGGCUCCACUGUCCCCUGAGUCAUAUCGAAGACCCCUAAGCCCCUCGUCCUGCCCAUGCCCAUCUGCCUCACGCAGUCCAGGUUUGAACACUGAUAGGGUGAGUCCACAGAAUGAAAACUCGCGCUGUUCACACAGCGGAGAGAGAGAUGCUGAGAGACACUCCAGUCUCGGAACAAAAGAAGAAACUCGGCGGCGUUGCUUCAGAGAUCGCUCACAGUCAUGCAGCGAUAGUUCAGUGCUAAGCAGGACUUCUGGACACAGCCGAUCCUGCAGGCGCUCCGGUUCUCGCUCCAGGCGUCAGGAGCGUUCGACCCAUCGAGAGUUACAGAGGUGGAGUUGCCAAUCAUCAGGACUGAGUCCCACUGUUUCAGUUGCCAGUGACAGCUCUGACUCCUCUAGGUCUCCCAGCUGGGAACGGCCACAAUCCAGAGACAGGAAAUGUCCUAAGAAGGGUGAUGAGGAACAAGAGCACCCUCGUUCCGUUUCUGUGAGAGAGAAGUCGUCCCAAUCUUCCAUCUGUUGGGAUUCGCCUGUCCACGGAAGUAAGCGAAAGAAAGCUAGAAAGAGGAGGAGGCAUGAGAAAGAGAGAGAAAGGAGUCGAUCUCCUCUUCAAGACCAUUCGGCUUCUCACGGCAGCUGUGGUGAAUCACGCCGCCGCCAUGGCCGCCGUGAGCGCCGCCCUCGAGCAGCCAGCCACUCCAGCAGCCGCAGUAGCAGCAGCAGUGAGGACUCUCAGCCGGACCGGCCGUGCCCAGAGAAACCUGCUGGCAAGCGCAAGUACAAAACUCGCCACCUGGAGAGAGCGGCCCAGCGCCAGAGCAGCCGGAGGUCCAGUAGGGACAGGGAGCGCCGGGAAGCACGCAGCAGCCCAGCCAAGAGGCACCACAGAGGAGAUCGUGAACGCAGCCGGAGCCCUAGCGUUGAGAUCAUCUUUGAGAGGCGGGCCUCUGACCCGCCCUCCCACACGCACCGGUGGAAGAGAAAAAGACACAAGAGGAGGAGUCGGAGAGAAGCAAGACCUCUGAACUCGCCCACCAUUAUCACUAUAGAAAGCGGCAGUGACACAAAUGACUACCAAGACUGCGUCACUGAAGUUACCAGCAGAACCACGGACUAUCAGCAACGGGAGGUUUCCAGCAGCAAAAUUCGAUAUCAAGGCCGUGUUAUCAAAGCUGCAGUUUGCAAGACUGAUGAUCAGCCCUGCACAGACGUUAACAGCAGAACCACUGAGGAUCAGCACCUUGUUACUAAGGUUACUAACGGCACCACGGACGAUCAGCACAGUGUCACCAGCACCACCAGUGACGCUCAGCAUCAUGUUACCAAGAUUACUGACGAUCAGUGCCGUGCAACUGUGGUUGUAGACAGAACCGCUGACCCUCAACAUCGUGUCACAAAGGUUCCCGAAAGCAAAACCGACCAUCGUUGUUCUGCUGUUGAGCUUCCAAAGAGUCCGCACAAUCAGUGCCGUGUUAACAGCGUUACGGAUAACUGUCACAGGUCUGUGGUGGACGUCACUGAUUAUGCGGUUGAUUGUCAGGACAGCGUUGUCAAAAGUAGGGACCCUGUACCUGAGACACCGAACAGUAAGAUCGAUUCAACUUUGUCUUUGAACGCUGCUCUUCCCGGGUCGUCUCUCGAGUCGUACAGCCCUGUGACUCCCACCGAGCGCCUCUUGGACUCUCCGGACUGUGCGUUGAACUUAGAGAAGUGUGUGGUGGACGUGGUGGACCGAGAAUCUUUCGACCAUUCACAGCAAAGCACAGACCCAGAACAGCCUGGAGGAAUCGAUGACCUCAGCCAGGAUGCUUCCUUGGCUACAGCAACCCCACCCUCGGACACACGCCUGCUGGAGUCCAUUCUGCAGGAGCUGGAGGAUAUACUGCCCGAAGAGAGGCGGGAGGCAGAACCUGGACGGGAUUUUGCUGCCCCAGACAGUGGGGUUGACCGACUGGAGGACAGGACUGUGCCUCCUAGAGACCAGUCAGACACAGAGAGGGAAAGAACGGGCAACGCUGAAACUAGUGACCCGCAGAGAGGCGCAGCGGCCAGUCCUGCGGUGUAGCUCCACAAACACAGGAGCUUUUACAUCAAAGGCUCUGCAGACUUUCGUUCAUGAACAGGCUUGUUCUGCCCCUUCUUUGAAUUAGUUUGUUUUUUCUUAUUAAGGACUUUAUAAACGAAUCUUCUCAUGCAUGGUCUGGUCUGAGGAGGCAGGCCAGCGUGAGGGAAGAAAACACGGAAUCCUUUAUUAUUGUUAUUAAUGUGGUAUUUAUAGUACCGGUGAUUACAAUGGACACAACCUCUGCCUCAGACCUGGUGCUGACCUGCUGUGCCAUAAACACUCAUGCACCCCCAUUCACACUACACAGCCCCCCCCCACCCGUCUGUCUUUAACUCAGGGAACAUGUGGCAGGUGUCCACUUCCUUAAUAACCAUCAUGCCUCUUGCACAGUGUGGAUGAUCCAUAUGCGUGCUUUUCCAUGUGUGUCACCGAACUUGAGCGCCUACUCCAGAAUGCUGAUUCACUGCGAGUGGUCGCACCCCUGCGGUCUCUGCUUGGUUCUAGACCAGGGAACCAGACAAAGCUGUUCUUUCUGCUGCCCCUUCCAUACAAACGGAGAAAUAAAUGUUGCAUAUGCAAAAAAUGAAUAAAUAAAAGCUGGCUUUUGACUCUUGA